AGCCAGCACCGGCACUAGCUGUCGACUGUAUAUAAUCAGGCAGCAGUUUCGUUGAAAUGCGCUUAAAGCAUCUGCAGUGGCAUUAGAAACAUUUAGCGGUGCUGUUUUUAAGCUCAUCAUGUCUUGGGUGAAAGUCGUGUCUGGCCCCAGUGAGGAUGUUUUCGACGAGGACGCGGACGAGCUGAAUCUCCAAAGCAGAGAGUGGAGCUCCAACAUGAAGAAGCGCGUCAAGGACGGGUAUGUGGACGGAGUGGACGCCGGGGAGGAGGCAACACUGCAGGUGGGAUUCAACCAGGGCUUCAGGGACGGAGCUGCUGAAACCGUGGCCGUGGGCCGCCUCAGAGGAAUCGUGAGUGCUAUAUGGUGCUGGUGCCAGAUUCAUCAUCCAGAAAGCCCCGUCCCAUCCUGUGUGCAUGACCUCCUGCAGCGCGUUACACAACACGAAGACAGAAUUAUGGACGACAUCAGGAAGGCUUUGGAGAAUCCUCCUCCGAGUGUGAGCGACAUCUCAGAGAGCAUGGAGGAUCUGGAGGUGGAACGUAUGGAUCCUGGUCCCUGUGAAGGGGGAUGUUCAGAGACAUCCUGCUGCAAGAAAGCAGAAAAUAUGGACUUGGAUCCUCACCGGCCACACAAUCUCUGUUCAGGGUCCACUGACAGCUCCUCCAGCUCUGAGGGUCUCAGCCUUCUGCUGCAGUGCUGUAUGGACAUAGUGUCAGAGCUGGGACUGCCACAGGAGUUGCUGGAGCACAUACAGGAGCUGAGGAACUUGUAGGGAUCAGGGACCAAGAUCACAGUGGAUUUGAACUAUGAUGAUACUUGAAUUGCGACACAAAUGUUUUAGACUGAUUUUUUUUUUUUUACAUGAAGAAAUAAGAUAUGAUUUACAUAAUAUGAAGUAUUAUUUUGUGUUCAAAGUUUUUCAAAUAUAUUUGAAAAUAUUUCCAAAUAAAUAUGUAUUUGAUUGACAUAUUUAAAUUGUUGCCUUCUUAAUUGAUAAUUCAUAACAUAAGUCAUAACCUCAUAUUUACACAUCAUUUGACACAAGAUCUAUUUAAGAUGAAAGAAUAGUUUAAUUGUCCUUUUAAUGUCAGUUUGAACUCAACAAAUAUUGCAACAUACUGCUAAACCUUAAAUGAUCUUGUGUUCGGAUAAAUAUUUGAGUAAACUAGAUUUAUAAUAUGACAGUAAUUACAACAAAGCUGGGAAUUUGUAAAAUAUAAACAAUACAAUGAUCUGCAAAUUACUUUAUUCCCAACAAAACAUAAAUAAUAAAUCGGAUGUUGAAACUUUUCAGACAUGAGACAUUUUAUCAUUUGAUGGAAAAUUGCUCAUUUUGAACUUGAUGGCAGCAACACAUCUCAAAAAUGUUGGAACAGGGUGAUGUUUUACUAUCAUAUGGCAUCUCUUUUUCUUUUAACUGCCUGUAAAUGACUGGGAAGUGAGGAGACCAGUUGCUGUAGCUUUAGGAGAAGAGUGUUAUCCCAUUUCUGUCUGCAGGGUUCUAGCUGCUCAACAUUGCUGGGACUUUUUUGCUGGAGUAUUCGUUUCAUGCUGCACCAAAGGUCUGGUCUGCAGGCACAGAUGAAUCAAAACUUUUGCCUCCGGCCAUUUUAGAUGAGCUUUGGCCCAGAGAAGAUGCCAGGGUUUCCGGAUUAAGUUUACAUAUGGCUUUCUGCUUUGCAUGCUAGAGCUAUAAACAUUUGUGGCUUGUAUGUUGAACUGUGUUCACAGACACUGAUCUCUGGAAGUAUUCCUGAGCACUGAUUCUCUGGAUCUUUUGUUGAUAUUAUACACUAGAGAUGGUGGAAACUCGAGCUUUCACAAUUUUAUGUUGAACAUUUUGUUGAAAUUGUUUCACAAAUUUUUGAUGCAGAUUGGUGAACCUCUGUCUGUUGUUACAUCUGAGAGGCUCUAGCUCGCUGAAAUGCUCCUUUUAUACCCACACACAUUACUGACCCAUUGCUGAUUAACCUAAUAAGUUGUCAAAUGGCCCUUUAGUUGUUUGUGAUUUAUGCCAGUUACUUUUCCAGCCUUUUGUUGCUCCUGUUCCAACCUUUCUGAAUUGUGUUCCUGACUUAAAAUA